UAUUUGGAUGGCCCGAGAUCCGUUUCUGGGGAAGAUGGCGGAUGAAGAGGAUGAGCAGCCAUUUGAUGAAGAUGUGGAGGAGAGUGGAAGCGGAGCAGAGGGUGGACAAGGUAGAAGAAAAAGAUUGUUUUCAAAAGAAUUAAGAUGCAUGAUGUAUGGAUUUGGGGAUGACCAGAACCCUUAUACUGAAUCGGUGGAUAUCUUGGAGGAUCUUGUUAUCGAAUUUAUCACUGAAAUGACUCACAAGGCUAUGUCAAUAGGACGUCAAGGCCGGGUUCAAGUAGAAGAUAUAGUCUUUCUUAUUCGUAAAGAUCCUCGGAAAUUUGCAAGAGUGAAAGAUCUGUUGACAAUGAAUGAAGAAUUGAAACGUGCUAGAAAGGCUUUUGAUGAAGCGAACUAUGGCUCGUAGCUCUCGGAAGGAAGCAUAUCAUGGAAUAAUUAUUGUAUUGUCACUCCUUGAAAUAUGUAUAACACACUGUAAUAGGCCUAUUACAGACUUCAUAAAAUGGGCUGUUGCAGUAGAGUAUGCCUCUGACUCAGUCAGGCAGGAUCUGAGAAAUCUGAUUCACUUCCUCUUUUGCUUCAUCAGUGUUAGCAAUGCUUUUGGCUGAGGAAUGAAAUGGGACUUUUUGUAUUCUUACUAAUUUAAAGAUUUUUGUACAUAGUGUAUGCCAAUAAUUUAGUAACUUGACCAGGUCUACAAUAAAUGUUAUGAAAAAUAGUGACUAGUCAAGACUUGCAUUGAGUGGCUCGGUUAAUACUUUUGUAGCAAGUCUUUUGAAAUUCACAAUCUGCACAACCUGAUGCCACAUCUUUGUAAUGCUUUCUUAUAUUAUAAAUCCUUAUACUGAAACUUAAUAUUAUUUAGUGGUGUGCACUUGUCAUGUCUUUCCUGGUUUGACCUACAUGUUACUCCAGCCCACAUCAAUGUUGUUGACUCUUAAUUGGGGACUGAAAUGGCUUAACAAGCCACUCUGUUCAAGGAUGGAUAGACAAGAAAUACUGGUCCUGCCAGCAAUGGUGACAUCCCAUGCUAGAAUAAAGAAACAAAAUCUAAGAAUUUACCACGAGAUUCCCAUAAAAUGCUCAAGAAAAGGUUUUUUUAAUUAUUUUUUUUAAAAUGGAAUUCGAGUUGACUCUUUGCAACCGUUUCUAAUAUCCAAAAUAAAAUUUAAACUUUAAAGCAUGUGAUAUUACAUGUUGUUUUAAAUUUACCAAGUUGUCUUUAUUGAAAUUUUUACUUAAAAGCCUUGGCCUUACUGUAGGAUGAUUUACAGUCUGAGGAUGAAAUAGGAUUGCUUUGAGGGCAAGGUAAAUAGUAUCUUCUGAUCCAAUUAUCUGUAAUUUUAAAAUUUACUUUUUAUAUUUCCAUUAAUUUUUUUAUGUAUAUGAUUACAUGGUCUAAAUUGUCAUAAUAUUAUACCACCCCCACCAAAAAAUGAUGUUCCAAUGGGGAAAAGUGUAAUGGUGGUAUGGCACACUUAUAUUUCAGCCGUAUAUGUAAGUUUAAAACAUGCAAUGGAAAAGUUGGUAAAAUAUGCAGUUGACAUGUCGUACUUGAAUAAUGCCAUUAACAUAAUGAAAUGUUCUAAGAUGUUAUACAGGGCCAUAGUAGAAAAUUUUCUCAGAUUAAUUAGUUUGUUUUAAAUAGCUAUUUAACAAAAACUUGAAACAAACAAGUAUAAUGUGUUUUUAUAUUUGGGAUCAGAAGCUUUGAGACAUAGUCAACCCAGAGAGUUUUCCGUGUUAGUGGUGGAUUAGCAAGAAUAUUAUGGCUUAGUGUACUAGUUGCAAUUGAUUUCUAAUUAUUGUAAAAUCUAAACCAUCACUGCUUUUUAUUUAUUUAUUUUUAAUAAAUUUGUGUUGCAGUUCAAGCCUG